AUGGAGGAGCAGCCAGCACGCCCAGACAUGGCUCAAGGCAGCUCCAGCAGCGACUGGGAAGCCACUGAGGCAGGGAGGAGCUUCACCUUGGAGGACUCAGACGACAAUCUGACCAGUCUCCUGUGGCUGAAGGACUUUUCCUUGGCCAACACCAGCUUGGCCAAGUCCUCCUGCUGCCUGGGCGGCCCUGACCCCCCCAGCUCUCAGCGCUGCUCCACUUUGGCUGCCCCGUGCUCAGCCCUGGCUGCUGAGCCCACCUGCGGGGCUCUGUCCCACUCCCCCUGCCAGCCCAUCUCCUCCUCAGCCUCCAGAACGGUGCUGAGCCCUGAGCUCGCACAGGACACUGGCCACAGGAGCAACCCUUCUGUCAGGCCACCCUACACCUACGCCAGCCUCAUCUGCAUGGCCAUGGAAGCCAGCCAGAAGCCCAGCAUCUCCCUCUCUGCCAUCUACAAGUGGAUCAGGGACAACUUCAGCUACUUCCGACACGCUGAGCCCAACCUCGACUGCAAAACCAUCCUCCACACCAAUCUCAACAGCAACUGUGACUGGGAAACCAGCCUCAACAGCAACCCAAGAGCAGACGUUAACGGGGAAACCAGCUUUGAGACUAAACUAAGCACAGACUUGGACUGGGAAGCCAUCCUCAACACCAUCCUGAGCGAUGACUUCCCCACUCUUGUUGAUCCGGAGCUCACACCACCAAGCAGCUCCACAGAACAUGACUCUGACUUGUUGCUAAAGGAGCACCAUGUUGACCAUCUCCAGGGUGGGCAGGAGCAGGUUCUCACUGAUUCCUGCCUCAACAACCCUUCUCGGCUUUGCAGCCCUGCCCUGCUGAGCCAGGAGCAGCAGCCUGGGCUGGGAUCCCUGACAGGUGACUUUGACUUGGAAGCCACAUUCAACACCAACUCAUGUGGAAACUUUGACACCACACUGAGCAGAGACGUCACCUUCAGACAGUGGAGCAUGCCCCCAGCACACAGCCACACGGCCUGCCCCACAACAGCCCUGCAAGGCACAGGGAGCCUCACCGGCAAAGACACCUCCUCUGGAACCUACACUUCCAUCCUCAGUGUCAACAGGGAGGUGCAGCACCUGCUGGAAGACUUUGAACAAGCCACCAGCAAUGAGUCUCUGACUGCAGCGGGUGGCAAAGCAGGGCAGAAGCGCAAGAAGGCAUCGCCUGCAGGAAUGGCUAAGGUGGCUCGACUUUGCAGCCCUGCCCUGCUGAGCCAGGAGCAGCAGCCUGAGCUGGGGGCACUGCAAGGGGACUUGGACUGGGAAGCCUUCUUCUACAGCAACCAACGUGAUGACUUGGACAGGGAAACCAGCUUCAACAUUACUCUCACAGAACCAAACAGCCCCGCAGAACACGAGCCAGAGCUGAUGGCACACGGGCACCACAUCCACCAGCUCCAGGAUGGCCAGGAGCAGGAGCAGCUCCUCACUGAAGCCAGCGUCAACAACCUGGACUUUGAUGAAACCUUCAUGGCCACUUAUUUCCUGCAACAGGAGUUGGACAAAGAGACAAAUGACUGUCUCUACUACUGA